CGUAGAACAAUCAAGAUUCCUAGCCAAGGGGAAGAAUUAGAUGCUUGGGUUUAUCCGGCUGCAGGUGUAAAAGAAGGACAAAAAGCUCCUGCAAUCUUGAUGGCCCAUGGACUAGGUGGAAUCAAGAUAAUGCGGUUAGAUGCAUUCUCUGAGAAAUUCAGUCAAGCAGGAUUUGUAGCAAUUGCAUUUGAUUAUCGUUACUUCGGUGAAAGCUCAGGUGAACCACGUGGUUUGAUCGAUAUUACAAAACAACAAGAAGAUUGGGAUGCUGCAUUUGAUUAUGUUCGAACGCAAAUGUCAGAAGUAGAUCCUGAUCGGAUUGGUUUGUUUGGUACGAGUUUCAGUGGCGGGCAUGUUAUCCAACAAGCAGCUAAACAUGGAAAUCAAGUUAAAGCAACUGUCAGUCAAUGUCCUUUCACCGAUGGUAUCGCUUCUGCCCUUCAAGUGAAACUCAGCACGAUCCCAACUCUCCUCUUCCGCGGCAUUCGUGAUCAGGUUUUUCGUUCCAGUACUAGCCCAGUUCGGAUUCCGCUCGUUGCUGAACCUGGUAAUGCUGCUCUGCUUGCUUCACAUGAUACAGUAUCCGGUUAUAUGGCAUUGUUGCCUGAAGGUGUAACGAAAUUGGAAGUAGAAGAAGUGCCUGCUAGGGCGGCUCUAUGGAUUCCAUUGUCCCGACCAGGAUCCUACGCAAAGCAAGUUCGAUCACCAAUCUUCUUUGCCGUAUGUACAAAAGAUUCCGUUGCACCUGCAAAACAGACGAUCGGAUUUGCAAAACAAGCGCCAAAAGCUACGAUCAAAGAAUAUGACGUUGGACAUUUUGACAUUUAUGUCGGAGAACCUUUCGAGAAAGCCACAAAGGAUUAUAUAGACUUUUACAGA